AUGCUAUGUACUGUUGCAUUGGAUGCAAACAACCAUUUGUUUCCAAUUGCGUUCAGACUCGUGGAUAAUGAGAACCAUACCUCUUGGACUUUUUUCAUAAGAAAAUUGAAGGAAGCCAUUAGGAACGUGGACAACCUAGCUUUUAUAUUAGACAAGCAUGCUAGCAUUACUCAUGCUUUGGAGGUUGUGUUCCCAGAUGCCUACCACGGUGCUUGUUGCCACCACGUCUGUAUGAAUGUGGUUGCCAAAUUCAAAACCGACCACUAUCACGAUAUGAUUUGGUGUGCAACGUACGCGUUUCGAAAGACAGAAUUUCACAAGUUCUUUGAAAAGAUUAAGGAUAUGGAUCCUCCCAUAGCUAAAUAUCUUCAGGAAAUUGGUUUGGAUAGGUGGAAUUUUGCUUACUUUCCUAGAAAUCGAUACAAUAUCAUGACUAGCAACUAUGCAGAAAGCUAUACUGAUCAAACCAAGGAGGCAAAGACCUUUCUAGUUACUACUUUUCUUGAAUUCAUAUGCUUCACUCUUUAUACAUGGUUUACUAAUAGACGUGAAAAAGCAGCAAAAGAAACAAGUGUGUUAGCACCCCUCAUAGAGGCAGAUUUGAAGGAAAUUGGUGUGAAAGCAAAUUUUGUAGAUGUCCAAGUCCUUGGUCAUCACGAUCUUCUUGUUGUUGAUGGUAAUGGUGAUGGUGAGGUGAACUUGGUCACAAACUCAUGCUCAUGUGGCAUGUUCCAAACCAUUGGGAUACCGUGUGUCCAUGCAUUUGCUGCAGCUAGAAAAAGGAGCAUAAACAUCUACUCAUUGUGUUCCCCUUACUACACAAUUGAGUCAUGGAUGGAGACUUAUAAGGAAACGAUUUACCCUUGUGGUAAUGAAGAUGAAUGGAUACUUCAUGAACAAAUCAAAGAAAUCGUUGUCGGUGUCCGAGUAGAGAAAAAUCAUGUAGGAAGGCCCAAGAAGAAGAAAUUAGGGAGGCUGAAGACAAAACGCUUUCCUUCGAACGGGGAACAUGUGGUGCAACCACGUACUUCUGCUAUUAAUUUGUUGAUACGAGGCCACUACAGAUUGCAGGAAGAAGAUGGUGACAUUUGA